AUGCUGAUCUACGUUUACACUGCAUUGGCGAUCGCAGUCGCAGUGCUGCUCUACAUUGUCAAGCAGCGCCAACAGGCAGCGAAGCAAGACGCACCACAGCAACAGCAACAACAACAACAGCCGGAAGCUCAGCAAGCUCAGCAGGCUCAGCCAGGCCAAGCGCAAGGACCAGGAGUCGUCGUUGGCGGCCGACGGGCUCAGCGCGAUGGCGGCGACGUGCGCGGUCGCAUUCCAUUCCCAUCGAACAUUGGCAAGAAGAAGCUCGCAAAGUUGCAGGCCAAGGAGGAGCGACGACAGCAGAACGCUUUUAUGGAGGCCCAGCGAGAAGACAAGAAGCGUCGUGAUGCCGCUAUUGCCGAGGACCAAAAGCGCUUGGAUGAGGAGCAACGCAUCAAGGAUGAAGCUGAAGCACAAAUCGAACAAGCUCGCCUUGCCGAAAUCGCUCGCAAGGAAGAGGAAGAAUAUCAACGCAUGAAGGCCGAGUUCGCCGUCGAAGAAGAAGGCACAGAUGCUGUUGAAAACGCUGGCAACGAGGAAAACCUGCUGGAAAAGUUUGUCGAGUAUAUCAAGAGCAAAAAGGUCGUGUAUCUGGAAGAUUUGGCUGCGCACUUCCAGCUCAAAACACCGGAUGCCAUCAAUCGACUCAAGGCGGUUGAGCAAAUGGGCGCUCUCACGGGCGUACUGGACGAUCGUGGCAAGUACAUUUACAUUUCUCGCGACGAACUCGGCGCAGUGGCCAAGUUCAUUCGUCAACACGGUCGGGUCUCUAUCAGCGAGCUUGCUGCAGCAAGUAACUCGCUUAUCAACCUGAGCGCAUAGUUGCCAGCGCGUUUUUGGGUGCGAUAUUGAUAUUUGUAAAUCAACAAAAAAAAAAGUCCAAGUGU